AUGGCAAUGAAAGAGGAUUAUUAUGAUUAUUUGUUUAAAAUUGUUCUUAUAGGAGAUUCAGGAGUAGGUAAAUCAAACUUAUUAUCUAGAUUUACAAGAGAUGAAUUUAAUUUAGAAAGUAAAAGUACCAUAGGUGUAGAAUUCGCUACGAAAAGUAUUCAAUUAAAAAAUAAUAAAAUAAUAAAGGCACAGAUAUGGGAUACAGCUGGACAAGAAAGGUAUCGAGCGAUUACAUCUGCUUAUUAUCGUGGGGCAGUAGGUGCAUUAUUAGUUUAUGAUAUAACAAAAAAAAAUUCUUUUGAAAAUAUUGAGAAAUGGCUAAAAGAAUUAAGAGACAAUGCUGAUAACAAUAUUGUUAUUUUAUUAGUUGGUAAUAAAAGUGAUUUAAAGCAUUUACGUGUUAUUAAUGAUAAUGAUGCUACUCAAUAUGCUAAAAAAGAAAAAUUAGCUUUUAUCGAAACUUCAGCUCUUGAAUCCACCAACGUAGAACUAGCUUUUCACCAAUUAUUAAAUGAAAUUUACAAUGUUAGACAAAAAAAGCAAACUACAAAAAAUGAAGACAAUUUAUCUAUACAACCUCGAGGAAAAAAAAUAAACGUAGAUGACGAUAAUGAUCAAAAUGAUAUAAAAAAAAAAUCGAAAUGUUGUUGA